CAAAAACAGCACAGAAAAGCCUUUCAAUCCCAGCUCACACAAAGGGCCUUUCGUAAAACCUUCGUUUAUAUUGAAAAAUCUACAGUUGAAAAACAAAACAAUUGGGCCAAGAAUGUCAGAGAAAAAGAUUAGUGGGCACUCAACAACUCUGUUUCUCUUAGUCUAACUAUAGUGAUUUCCCUUUGUUUUAUCCUCAUAUAAUAUGCAUAUGUAAGUGUGUAUUCUUUGUCCGUGUGCAAAUUGUUGCUUCACAUAUACUCGUCUCUCUAUACAAUAUACAUACACACCUCAGUUGAGAGCCACAUAGCUUCUGUACCAAUUCAUUAAGCAUUUUGCAAUGCCAAGAAACUGACUCUUUUCUGUUUGUCCUCUUUCAAAUCCCAGAAUAUGAUCCCAUUUUGCUUCUUAAUUUGAGGUGGGCUUUGUUUUUUCUCCUUGUUUAUCUUGGAAUGGAGGCCUAUUGUGAUCUUGAAGUUGAUGUCAAUGGAGAAGAGGUUUUCAUGGUGGACAUGAAAGUUCUAUCAUCUUAUUCGGGUAGUAUAAAAAAGAUGUUUAGCAAAUCAAAAGGUGGAAAACGAAAUCUGAAGGUGAUAUACCAUGACUUUCCCGGAGGAGCUGAAAAUUUUGAGCUCAUCACGAGGUUCUGCUACAACAACGGCAAAAUUAACAUAAAUCCCUUUAAUAUCACUGACCUAAAUUGUGCUGCAUAUUUGAUGGAAAUGGACAAAGGUGUCACUGGAAGCAAAAAUUUAAUUGAUCAAACUGAAAAAUCACUUGAAGAUAUCAAGUAUUGGACAUGGUCCGAACUUAUGGCGGCUUUGAAGCGGUGCCAAGAUUUCUUCCCAGUUGCAAGCUCUUCGGGCAUGAUUGAAAAAUGCUUGGAUUCUCUUCUUGGAAGGAUUGCAUCAUCCUGUGAAACAAGUCCGUGUCCAUCCGUCUCUUCGCCUGAUAGUUCUAAAUUACGGGCAUCAUGUGACACAAGAAGUAGCGAGAGCUUGAAAAGCAGCUUCCUUCGAGUUACAUGGUGGUUUAAAGAUCUUGUACAGUUGGAUAUUCAUGUGAUUGAAAUGCUGGUGAAGUCAAUGGUAUCUAGAAACUUAAACCAUAGUAUAAUCAGUAAGUUUCUCUUUCAUUACCAAAAAACAAGAUUGGCUUCCACCUCUUCAGACGAGAAAAUUAGGAUGGUUGAAUCAGUUGUUGAGAUGCUUUAUUCUUUAGAUUUAAGCACUGUGUCUUACAAGAGAUUGUUUGGGAUGCUUAGAGUUUCUUCACAUGUAAACAUAAGCAAAUGCUGCAGGUGCAAGUUGGAGAGUAUGAUUGGUUUGCAAUUAGAUCAAGCAACACUAGACGAUUUCCUUGUUCCAUCUCCAGUCCGGGCACAUUACCUGUACGAUGUAAAUCUUGUUAUUAGGCUCGUGAAAUCAUUUCUUGCCAAAGGAGUAUGGUGUUUGCCAUUGAGUCGACUGAAGAAAGUGGCUAGCUUAGUAGAUUUAUAUAUAGCUGAAGUAGCUCCCGAUCCUCACCUGAAACCAUCGAAGUUCUUGGCUCUAAUUAGGGCCCUGCCGGACUCUGCUAGAGACUCUUUUGAUGGAAUCUACCAUUCCGUAGAUUUGUAUCUAGAGAAAUACUCAUCAGAGUCAGAGGGAUUUUACUAUUCCAUCUGGGUCUGUAGAAAUACUCAUCAGAGUCAGAGGGAUUUUACUAUUCCAUCUGACUCUGGAUCAUUGCUUCUCAUAAACACUGUUGCAUUGGGCCCUGAACAGCUCGAUACUUUCACCUUGCUGUGGACCAUUCUUUGUUUGAGCAUCUUCAAUGUUGGGUCCAUCGAUCUUAAGAAUUUUAAUGUCCUUAAACAUAAUUUUUUACAACUUAGAAAACUCACUAGACUUGUUGAUAUAAUUAUUGCAAUCUACAAGAUCCCGCUAAAACGUGCUUCACUCAUAAAUGUUCCCGACUAUCUGGAAUUGUCUAUCAUUAAAACUAAAAGAGCCAUUUGUAACGUUCAAAAAAUGUUGUUGACGGUCUUUAGCAAUGUUCAGAUAUAUGUUACAAAUCUCAAUAUUUUAGUAGAAUAA